AUGGCUUCUCCAUCCGCUUUACCUCAGCCAUCACGUCAUGGUGCUAGUACACCAACCGGGGCUUUAUCCUCACUGCCUGCGGCGAAGCCAAGGACUUUGUCGGCGCUUUCGGACACGCAGAGGGCAGUGUCUCCAUCUCCAUCUCAGACACCUUCGAGGCUCCGGCCACCUUCAUCUCCACGUCCCUCUGCUGGCGGAACCAGUCAAUCAAAUUCGACCUCCGGCAUUGCCACACCGAGGUCAACUUCAGGUUCUGUAGCAUCCAAUGCUUCGGAUAAAACUCUCCGCAGGACAGUCAGCAUUGCCGCCUUUCCCCAGCCCCCGAAAGCUGGUGCCAGGCUAUCUACGGCCUCUUCAAUCUCUAUUAGUUCAACGUCGCAACUACCAUCGACCAAGCGCAGCUCUCCGGAUCUCUCCAAAUCCGGUUCCUCUGGAGGGAGCGUGAAGGCAAAAAAACAAUCGAGACCGAGUUCAGGGACCACCAGCGGCCAACGUAGUUCCAAGACUCCAUCUCUCUUGAAUAACAACGGUGACGGAAAGUCCAUCCCAAGUGGAUCCGGGCCCCGGGACUCCGAGGGUCAGUUUAGCAUUCCGUCCCCACCGCAAAGUAGGAGUUCGUCAGCUCAGGGCUCGUACUCCACAAGUGCGACAACGUUCGAUGAUCCAGAAGAUGCCGAUCGACAUGGACUGGAUGCCGGUGAGAACGCUGCUAGUGCAAAGAAAUCCGCCAAGUCCAAGGAAUCAAAAGGCAAUGUUAUCGUCAGUGUCCGAGUUCGUCCCGAUACAGGCGGAUCAGAAAACUCAAAAACUGAUGGAGAAUGGCUGGUGGAUGGGAGAAGGGCUCUCAUUUCUUACAGGGGGAAAGAGAGUUACGACUAUUUCUAUGAUAAUGUGUUCACCGCCCAUGAUAACAACGCAAAGGUCUACGACGCUUCAGCGAAACGCCUGGUUCGAAGAGUGAUGGAGGGUUAUCACGGCACCGUUUUCGCAUACGGUAUGACGGGAACAGGAAAAACCUUCUCCAUGCAGGGUACCGCGUCAUCGCCUGGUGUGAUUCCAUUGGCGAUCACCGACAUUUUCUCGUACAUCAGGGAGACUCCGCACCGGGAGUUUCUUCUCCGUGUUAGCUACUUGGAGAUCUAUAACGAGAAAAUCCAUGAUUUGCUCUCGACCCCUACUUCAAAUGGUGGUGGUCCGGCACAGCAAGAAGAGAUCAAACUCCGAGAGGACAGCAAAAGAGGAGUAUACGCGACGCCCCUGAAAGAGGAGAUUGUGCAGAGCCCGACGCAGUUGCUCCGUGUCAUUGCCAGAGGUGAUCAUGCAAGAAGAACAGGCAGCACGCAAUUCAAUGCACGAAGCUCUCGAAGCCAUGCAGUCGUCCAAAUCGUUGUAGAGAGCCGAGAACGCGCCCCUGGUGGCGGUUCCUCUCAGGAGAAGCGCUCGGGCAUGCCUCCAGGCGGUGUGAGAGUCUCGACUCUGAGCUUGAUCGAUCUCGCUGGCUCGGAACGUGCUGCAGAUAACAAGGAGCGCCGCCAGGAAGGAGCCCACAUCAACAAAAGUCUGCUCACUCUCGGCACCGUGAUUGCCAGACUUUCAGAAAGUAGAGACAAGCAUGGAAACCCAACCGAUCAAGGAAAGCAUUUGCCUUACCGUGACAGCAAGUUGACUCGGUUGCUGCAACCCGCGCUCUCGGGAAACUCUCUGGUUAGCAUUCUCUGCACUAUCCAGAUUGGGUCCUCGGGCAGCAGCGCUUCAGCGAACACACAUACCAACGAGACCCUCAACACUCUGAAAUUUGCAGCCAGAGCGAAAAACAACAUUGUUAGUCAUGCCAAGAGAGCGGAGGAGGCAUAUGGCGGAGGCAGCGGCGAUGCAGGUAGCAGGGUCUUGCUGGAACGUUAUCGCAUGGAGAUUCAGUCUCUUCGUGCCCAACUUGAGGCUCAGGCCAAGGCUCAAGCUGAAAAUGAACUGAAGUUGGAGGAACAGAAAUUAGAAAAGGAGGCCCAAGCACGCCACGAAGAGCAAAUGCUCGAGAUGCAGCUGGCUCGAACUGCGCUGAAGGAGCGAAUUGAACAUCUUAAUCGCCUUAUACUUUCGUCAAAAUCUACCGGGGUCAACAGCCACGCUGGUACCUCAGGUCUCGAAAGGCUGUCCAGAAUAUCUACCGAAUCUGGCACCCGUUCUCUUCGUUCAUCCGCGAGCCAAUCAACCCUCGGCGCCACUUCCUUGCGAAGAACAGUGUCCCAGAUGUCUCUCAACAGCGGCGAUCGUUCGAGUAUACAAUAUCAACGUGCAUCCUUUGUACACGAUGACGACGAUGACACAAUCGGAGAAUUUGGAGACGGGGUUGCUAGCCUUCAAAUGCAAGUCGCAGCAUUGCAGGCUGAUCUCGCGGACAAGAAUCGCUACAUCUCCACGCUGGAAAGACGUUUGUUGCAGGCACGGCGCGCGAGCCAGUCUCGGAUCUCGAUGGGCCUUUCUCAACUCAAAAAUGGCGACAAUUCCGAGUUGAUAGCCCUGCUCCGUGAGAAGGAUAUGGAAAUUUCGGAGCUACGUAUUCAGCUCGAUGACAAGGACCGUAUGCUCGCUGCUCUCCGUUCAGCGGCGCGCCAAAGAGACUUAGCGCAGAUGACCGCCGACGUUCUUGCGCAGGAAAAGAGAGCAGGGCGUCGGAGCAGUGGCAGUAACACCAGUUCCCCUGCUAGUACUGCCCCGGCGGGCUCGGCUAAUCCGGCUGAUCCCCAAGGGUCGGAAAAGGAAGAGGAGAAAAAGAGGAAAAGUGUGGAUGAGGUGUCGCGAAUGCUGGACGAGAUGAUUCAAGACCGGGUUGAGAGCGGUCAUUUAAUCAAGAGUUCGCGAGGAAGCAUGCGUGUCGUGAGUGACACUGCCAGUCAAAGAGAAUCCUUGGUGUCUACUGGUCCGGGUGUGAACACCGCGCCCUCCAGCCAGCGAACAUCAAUCGCUGAGGCUCCCAAGGACAUCUGA